UUAUCGUAACUCCCCUGCCCCUCGAAUGGUUCGGUCGGUUGCUACGUUAUUCUGUGUAGACGUUGUCCGGCUGGAAGGCCAGCUGAGAUGAGGAAGACGCGCCCGGGCUGAAAACAACGAUAAAAACAGAUUUGUAAACGAGAAUAAGAUGGCGGGUCUAAGGCUGAUGAGCGGCAAACACCCCGGGAUGAACCCGGCCGUCAGCUGUUCUCGGCUCCGUCGGGUCCAGGCUCUACUCUCCGAGGGGGGCAGCCCCACCGCGGACGGUGUCCUCUGCGUCCUGGGUAUCGACAGCCGGUACAACGCAGGCUGCACCGAGCUGGCCAACUUCCUGUUCUACGGCCUGUAUGGGAAGAACCAGAUGAACUUGGACCAUGUGCUGGAGGAGUUCCCUGAAGAGGUGUUGGAUGACGUGAUCCUGCUGAUCCAGUGGGACUGUGUCCACCUGUACUGUAACCCCGUCAACUACAGCUACCUGCUGCCAUACGUCUCCCACUGGAGGAACCUCCACCUCUACUGCCUCACACCCAGCGAGUAUGAGGAUGAGGAGGCUGCUGAAGAGUUCAAGAUCUCCAGUUUCGUCUCCAUGAUGAAGGACUGCAGCUGCGUCCGAGUGCCCUUCAGCUCCCAGGGACACAUGCAGAACUUCCACAUGUUCAUGUUGGAGAAGUGGCCCAUCGUCCAAGCCUUCGCCCUGGAGGGCAUCGGGGGAGGAAGCUUCUUCACCAUGAAGUACAAGCUCAUGGACAUCAGUGAGAGGCUGGGGCAGAUGUACAGCCGGCUGGACCCACUGUCCCUGGAGAACAUCCUAGCAGAGGACCUGGUGAACUUUGAGAAGCAGUGGAGUAACUUCUUCUCCAGCAUGGACCUGGAGAGUCAUCUGUCCAUCCAGGAGGUGUCCGAAGCCCAGGCAGGAGAGGUGUUCAGAAGCUACUACUCCCACGGGCUGAUCUCCAGCAACAUCCCAGAGAACAGUAAGGCCAGACAGCCCUUCAUGCUGUUUGGAAGCCAUUCCUCCAAGGAGGAGCUGGAGAGCUACUCCUUCAACUUCCCCUCCGAGAGCCACGUGGUCCGCAGCACCGGCACCCACGGCGGCCCCGCCACACACAUGGUUCUGCAGUGUGUGGCCCCCAAGGGCCCCCUGGCCUGCGCUCGCACCUACUUCUUCGGGACCACGCACAGCCCUUACCUUGGGAAAACAAAUGGCGGACAGCAUAAAACAGAUCACCUGCUCCUGUCCCAGAUCUACUCUGCCGUCGUGCAGGCCGUCCUGGCAGGCAUCAAGUGCUUCUCGUGUUCGUCCAGCUCAUCCAAGGCUAAAGACGUAGCGGAGCAAACCUUUCUUCUGGCUCUGGAGUCCUUGAACUUAUGUCAGUAUCGCAGCGCACUCAGGUCCAAGAGUGAGUUCACCAUUCAGGCUGUGAAUAACGAGGGAAGGGUCGUCCCCCUCAGCGACGAAGGGAGCAGAUACAUGGUGAAAACUGCCUCCAUGACUGUAGCGGACAUCCCAGACCUCCAGCGGGGCGGAGGGGACCUGGGAUCUGUAGUCUUCUCCGAGUGCUUCUUGGAGUCCAGCAUCAACAUUCAGCAGAAAGAUGGCGGUGUUUCUCCUGACUGCUGCUACACCGUCCUCACCACAACGGUCCCUCGCUACGCCUGCUGGCAGGUUGAGGGGGACGUGAAGCAGUCAGAGCAAGCCCAGCUCCUGGUUAAACAGAAGGAAGAGGACACCUGCCUGGGCAGAGCUCUGACGGGGGCGGACGGAGCCUACGUCUGCUCCUCCAGCCUGCUCUCCACCCCCGAGGAGGGAAAGAUCAGCUUCUUCUCGGAGGGACUGCUGUUUGUCCAUCCCCAAUACGGAGCCACCACUCUGUCCACACAACACAUCAGCAGCAUCAGCUUCUUCCAUGAGGACUCUGAAGCGGUGGCCUCUCUGUUCGUGGAGUACGACAACACCCUGUUGGAUCACCUCCCCUUCCCGCUCCAGAGCCCAGACCAAUGCCUCCUCUUCGCCCUCCAGCCCAGGUCCAAGAGCCACAAGGCCUUCUUCUCAAAGGUGCUCUCCGUGUGGAAGAGCUCAGAUUCAGCUCUCCGUCUGCAGCUGGUGGACAAAGAUGAGCUGAGCUGGGACCAGAGGACCAUGCACAACAGACUGCAGAAGCUUCAUGAGAGCCACGAGCCCCCAGUGGCCAAGAGAAGAGGCAGCAUGAAGACCUCCUACUCCCACCUGCCUGAGCAGGACAUGUUCCUUCAACACUUUUCUCUGAGCAGCGUGGGCCAGGAGCCCAUCCUGAACGACCACCUGGGGGCACUGUUCCCCUCCGCAGACCUAAGGACCCCCCUCACCAAGCCCCCAGACAAGGUGGUCGUCACCGUGGUCAGCGGUCUGCCGGGGAGCUGGAAGAACAGCCUGGCCCAGCUCACCAAGGAGGGAGGAAGUUGGGUGGUGUACCAGCCCGACUCUGACAGCAGCGAUGGAUUCUCCGCCUCUCACCUCCAACACUUCCUGUCCAACUUCCUGGACAACCAGCGGGCCGUGGUGCCCAAGUCCCGCCUACUGCUGCUCACCCCAGGGUACACUGAUGUUCUGGAGGUGAUCCAGGCCAUCCUCUCGCACCCUGACCCACUGGUCCAGGCCUGCUUCUCCAUCGGGGCCGUCACGGCUUGUGUGGAGCCCCUCUCCUCCUGCAUGGAGCACAGGUUCACCUUCCCCAAGCUGGUGGAGCAGUGCAGCCAAGGGGUGGUGAGUGCGGUGGUGUUCACGGGCCCGAGCUCCGAGGUGAAGCAUCCGUCCAGUCAGUACCUGCACCAGCUGCUGCGGGCCGCCAACCCCAGCGCUGCCUUCAUCCAGGCCGAGGGCGGAGCCGUCACCAGGAACGAGGACGUCAAGCUCAUCCUUUCCGACAGCAGCUUCAACCAGUCCCAGAUGCUGAGGGCCCGAUACCUGCUGUACCCUGGCUGGUGUAAGGGCCGCUACGACACGGGCCUGGGGGGUCUGGUUCUCACCCAGCAACGCCUGCUGUUCCAUCGGCCCUUGGAGAGGCCCCUGUUCACCCAACGCUGCAACGCGCUGAAGUCAUCCCUGACAGGAAACCCCUUCAGAGGAAACCUGUACCACGUCUGGGGGAAGGUCCGCUUCGCUGACUCUGAGAGGAGGAUGGAGGUGAGCUACAACGCUCUGAGCGGGGCUCUGACCGUCACUCCCGACCGGGACCCCACCCAGGGGACCGCCGGCUGCUUCCUCCUGUUCCACGGCGUGGGGCUGACCCCCGACGGACUCAAGGACUGGCUCCGGCUCUGUGCCAAGCAGAAGGAGAUGAAGAAGGUGAAGAGGACCAGGAACAGCAUCUCGCCGCAGGAGAUCAAGAGCAUCCAUGCUUCACGGCACCUGGAGCCGAUGCCCUCCGGCUUCUUCUACAACGGACACCACUUCAUGGACAUCUUCGGAGAGAAGAGGCUCUUCCAUCCCAAUAUGGAGCAGUUCAUCAGAGAGUACGUCUGCGACGCCAACCGAGAGAUAGAGCUCUUCAACAGCCAGCUGGACCUCCAGACACAGCCGGACCUGUUCGACCCCCCUCUGUAGAUCAUCUCCGUCCGUCCGUCUGUCUGUCUUUCUGUCUGUCUGUCAGUGUGUCUUCGUUAAAGCCAAGGGAAUCGUUAAGGGAGGGGUGGGGGGUGGGGGGGUGGCGGGGAUGUAUGUGAACAGACUCCCAGACCUGUGUUGUUUACCGGUCCAGACCAGCGCUCACUACGCUCUGAGUUUAGCUGCCAGCGUUGCGUUGCAGAGAGCAGAGAGCGUGUCAGCAGGUGAGCUGGGGGCUCAGGGCAGCUCUCCGCCGGCCUCUGGGCUCACCAGACAGAACCCAGAGUAGUGAGGAAGAGACACAGGCACACGACAGAACAACCUCCUGGAACCACCCUGAGAGGGGAGCUCCUGUGUGGGAGUGUUGGUGCUCGUGAGAUAGAGUGUGUGUGGGUAUGGGAGUGUGUGUGUGUGUGUGUGUGUGUGUGUGUGUGUGUGUGUGUGUGUGUGUGUGUGUGUCUGUGUGUGUGUGUGUGUGUGUGUGUGUGUGUGUGUGUGUGUGUGUGUGUGUGUGUGUGUGUGUGUGUGUGUGUGAGAUUGAAGAGUGUGUAUGGGGGGAGGGGGGUGUUAAUGAGGGUUGGCUGGCCCCUGCCGCUAUUCCUCGACUGGCACGAGGAGUCUGUAAUCCUGCCCGGUCCCUGGUGGAUAUUCCCAAGAAUCGCUCCUUCUCUCUGGUCACCCAAUCCCCAGCACACCUGUUAUCUUGUCUGGUUGCCACGGCGGCACGGAGAGGCCUCAGCUUGUGGAGAGGGAGCACUUUGUUAUGUCGCUGUUCGCAUAAACAACCCAGCUACCCCCCGGUGUCCAUGCACCAUGUCUGGGACGCGGUUUGGGUCCUACCGGGGGUUAAACCCGUCGUUUGUUUAGUAUUGGUUAACGUGAAUAUAUGUGUGUGAGGUCGCCAGAAUCUCUCUCUGGCGAUGUCCAAGGUCCUAUGCAUGUCCCCUUGUCCUCUACAGCCUUUCCUCUCCAACCUGCUCCUCGUGACCAGCCUGUUCUCCUCCGCGGAGUGGCUGCAUCUUCAUUUGUCUAUAGCAAUAAAAGCUGACCCGUUUUCAAGAUGAAGGGUCCUCUUAGCCGCAGGUUGUAUGUAGUAGUUACCUGUAGUCUACUGUAGUGCCCUGUGAACCGGGAGGUCACUGGCUGUGAAUAGUAGGCGACUAAAGGAGCUCUCGUCCCGUCUGGACGGGAGCCACGCUUUGUCCAUGGGGUCAGCAGUGACACGCACUAGCCCUCAGCCCUGGGGUCGAGACGGUGCCUUCCCUGCCUUCAAACACGUGUACCCACGCACAAGGGAUGCAUGAUAUUGGCCUUCUGUAUACCGACAAAAACUCAAGAGUCCUCCUCUGACAAAACAGGAGGUCAGCCGACGAGGACGAAGUGUAACUUUAUCCACAAGAUUAGAUGCGCACACAUACUGUGUGUCCUGAUUGGGUACGAGAAGUGCAUGUGCUCUCCGCGACACUGCUGGCCCCAUGCGGACCCCCUUCCCAAGCCACCCGGUUUGUCCAGGCCAAGCCAUACUGCCCCGAGCUGGCAGCGCCACCGUCCCACACAGAAGCAGCUCGAGGGCGCAUCGUAGAGUAGCAGCACGGGUCGUGGUUCCUUACUCAACGCUGUCCCUGAAGUGCACUUGUACUGACCCCUGAACCCUUUGAGGACCUUGCCAAUCCCUGCUCCCAGGCCACUCAUGCUCUUUCCUCGACUGAUAUUGAAGUAUAAUACACAUAUAUGUAUAGAUAAUAUUUAACAAGAUUUCUGACAAAGGAUCUUCAGUCCAUUCCAAAGCGAGUUGCCAUUGGAACGAACCCCCCAGCCCAAGAUGAUGCGUGUGUGGGGGCGUUUUUUAAAAGCAGAUUUGAACGGCGAUUAGCGCUAAAUCCUCGGCUGACAAACGAGGGUUUUCUAUUUUGACGUGAACACUUGGCGUCCUUAAACGGAUCUCUUGAAGCUGUGUGUUAGAAACAACAGUUGCUCUCAGCCUGUCGUUAUGUCAUGCCUUCGAGAGCAGCCGUCUGUGACAGCAGAGGAGCUCACGGCUGGUCUCUACCAGGCUGUACUGAGGGGAGAGCCACCAUGGCCACCGCACGGGGCUCCCAAUCCCCCACAGAUCAGCUGGUCGGUCGCCGGGCAGCACUCAAAGGGUCGCGGUAGGGUCAGGUUAGAUGUUAUACAUAUCAGAUUCAAAAUAGCAACAACGCUAGCUACACAGUUACACUAUUAAUACUAAUCUUAUUACAAGUACCACAUUAUUUAGCAUGUGUUCCGAUUUCACGUGUUAUUCCGAUACGAUGUAAUGUGAAUACGAUGUCACGCAAUAUUCCGAUUCAAUGUAACAUGAUUACGAUGGAACCUGAAUACAAUGUCACUUGAUAUUCCGAUACAAUGUAAAAUGAAUACGAUGGAACAUGAUAUUCCGGUAAAAUAUAACGUGAAUAAGAUAUAACAUGAUAUUCAGAUAAAAUGUAACAUGAAUACGAUGUAUCGUGAUUACGAUGUUGCGUAAUAUUCCGAUGCAAUGUAACGUGAAUAUGAUUUAACAUGAAUACGAUGUCACGUGAUACUCCGAUACAAUGUAACGUGAAUGCAAUGUAAAGCAAACACGAUGUCACAUGAUAUUCCGAUACAAUGUAGCGUGAAUGCAAUGUAACGAAAAGCACGUUGUCACGUGAUAUUCCAAUGUAACGUGAAUAUAGCGUCACUUGAAUAUAAUGUCACUUGAUAUUACAACGUCACGUGAUAUUCCAAUGUAACGUCAAUAUGAUGUCACGUGAUGUUCCCAUUUCACAUGACAACUAUGUCACAUGAUAUUCUGAUGUCAUGUGAAUGUGAUAGCUUUUAUAUUUUAAGAAAAUUGCCUUUCACCAGACUGGUAUAACAAAGAGAAAAAUAUGUACGUUUAUUUUACAUAUCUGGCAUUUUAAUUACCUCAACGUGACACAAAGUAUUUUUCUAAUACUGUGAAUUGAACAGUACACAGAAGUGAUUAAACAUCGCUUUUUUUUCCGCUACAAGAAAUGAAAAAAAAGCUGUUGUUAAAAAAACGGAGAAUCUGAUUGGUCGCGAGAGGUAGGGAUUCUGUGGUCCAGCAGUGCCUUGUUCCCGGCCAAGAAAACCAGAUGAAAUUUCCUGGGUCUCUUAACAGUGUUGGUGAAAGGCUCCAUGGAGUCAAUAAUGUGUAGUAGUCAGCCAGAGAGGGGGGCGGGGAUGUCGCAGAGACAGCCAGAGGGCUCGCCGUCGUUCAGAGAACCAAUCAAAAAGCUGCACUCAGGCUGGCCUCCUCGACGUCACCACGUUCGUGCCUCCGCGUAUUGAGUUUCGUAAAAUGGCCGACGCGCUGUCCAGGAAAGAAGAUGGCGUCUGAUUCGAAAACACAUUUCACCGGGGUGUCGAGAACACACUCUCAAAGUCUUGGAGGUUCAAGUGAAAUGUGCUGCCAGCACCCGGCCUGAGUCGGGGAGGGAAAGCCGGGCCCGCUGCGGUCUGGAAUGAAGAGGGUCGAGGGGCUAAAGUGGGUGACCCCCUGCUCACUGCACAGAGGGGGCCCCCGGGCAGCCCUCCUACAGUCUGUGUGUCCCGCACCCUCCUCUCUGGCGGUCCUCUCUAGCUGAAGUUAUAGGAGAAAAAACAAAGUUUGGUGUUUCACUCCAGACCUGCUGUCCUCAUACUGUGAAACAAAUCACCAUAUGAGGGAAUACAGGCUUCUGAUUGGUUGCGAGUUCGGCUCUGGGGUUCCAAAGAGAUUCAGUGAUUUGGAAUGUAUGCACUUUUUAGACUUUUAACACUCGUAUUCCGUCACCUCCUUGUUCGUAUUAAGAGGGGUGGGUUCUGAGAAAAAACGUUUUCUAACCAAACAAAAACCUCUGGGCACUGAUAAAGAGUUUGGGGAUAAGAGAUGUUUAGUUUGGGGUAUCUGUCCGACAGGGGUUGAUAGUAGUUUAAUUCCUCUCGUUUUUUUCUCAGGUAUUGUUGUUCCCGCACCUGAGAUCCAGAGAUUUUGGUGUCCUGUUGGCACAAAGGGAAGAUAAUAUGAAUCAAAUCAGGGAACGUUUGAUGUCCAGCCGACUGAAUUAGAUGUGGGCAUCGAAAAAACAAGGGCUUAUUUAUUCUGUGGGCCAGACGUAAAAAUUGAGAUAAAAAUAACUGGCAAAGCACAGAAGAGAAGAAAAUAAAUUCUUUAUUUGCCAAAAUAAUUCCAACCUUGUUUUUUUGUUUUUUUUAAGGGCAGUGUUCACGAGAAGCGAGUGAAAUCGAUUUUGCAAUUGCACAAAACUACUGUAACUUCAGUUUUUAUCCUGUGACUGAUGCUUUUUAUAAUCUCGUUGUAUUUAUUGCACCAAUUAAUCUAUUAAAUAUUUCUAAAGUU